AAUUCUGAGGGAACCUGAAGAAGAAAACGAUCCAGUGUUGAGAUCCGUGCGUCACCGGGUCCCCGGCGGUGGCGACGCGCACUGCUCCUCAGUCGUGCUUCGGUUCAACCCGGCUUUUAAAAAAAACGGGCCAGUGAGACCGCUCACCGAUCGCGGAUUAACGCAUUAAUUGAGCCCAUCAACCAAUCGUUCGGUCGCGACCGUGGUGCCUCGCCCGCCGCAUGACCUCCGGAGUGACGCGUCUCUCCGAUGAGAGGGCGGAGGGAAGAGCGCCGGAGGAGAUGCGCAUAUCUGCAGGUCUCUAGCGCUGUCGUAAAACAAGUGUCGGGAGCAAGUGAGCUAAAAUUAAAGCGAUGCCAGGAGUAACCAAGUACAAUUUAGUGGAUGACGCGCAAGAUUUGAGGAUCCCCAUGCACAACGAGGAGGUGUUUAAGCAUGGGGUGUGCUUCGAGGCAAAGUACAUAGGCAGUUUGGAGGUGGGCCGCCCCGGGAGCCGAAUGGAGAUAGUUGCAGCAAUGAGGAGAAUCAGAUAUGAAUUCAAAUUGAAGAACAUAAAGAAAAAGAAGGUCAACAUUGUCGUAUCUACUGACUUCGUCAAAGUGAUUUUGCGCAAAAAGAGGAAGAGAAAAGGGUGGUCGUGGGACGACAACACCAUCUUGGUGACACAGGAUCCUAUCUACAGGAUCUUUUACGUCUCACAUGAUGCUCAAGACUUAAAGAUAUUCAGUUAUAUAGCCAGAGACGGACAGAGCAACAUUUUCCGCUGCAAUGUGUUUAAGUCUAAGAGAAAGUCUCAGGCCAUGAGGAUUGUGCGGACAGUGGGUCAGGCGUUUGAUGUGUGUCACCAGCUGACCCUGCAACAGAAAGAUGACGAGCAGGAGGAUGAGGAGGGGAAGGCGGAGGAGCUGCAGGCGGUGCCAGCAAAGAAGAGGUUUGCAUUGUCAGAGGAGACAGACCUUGAAGCCACUACAGAGGAGAGCAUUGAGUGCGUCUCCUCAUCAGACCCGGAGAAGAGUAAAAAGGACGAGGCUCUUGGUAAUGAUGGAAAGGUAUCUGAUGACCCGUCUCUUCUGCUGAGCUCGCCCAUCCUUGGAGCCUCUGUGCUGGCUCAUGCUGCAGCAGGGGGAUCCUGCUCUGCAGAGCACCAGGUCCACUUCCUUCAGAAACAACUGCAGCAGCAGGAACAACAAGCACUAGCUGCUUCAGCGCAGGUAAAUGUUUUGCAGGAACAGCUGUCGGUGGAGGUGUGUGCUCGGACUGAAGCCCAGGUCAGAGUGCAGAGGCUGCUGCAGCAGAACACAGACCUGCUGCAGCACAUUUCCCUGUUGGUCAAACAGAUCCAGGAGCUGGAGCUCAAAGCUGCGGGCCAGUUAACAUCCAUGGGUUCCCAGGACAGUCUUCUGGAGAUCACAUUUCGUGCAAAGCCUCCCGGCGUUCCUCAUGAACCCCCCACCCCUUCCUCAUCUACAGGCCUGUUAGCAGCUCAGUCCCAGCUUCAGAUUAGCAAUAGUGCCUGGGUCUCUGUCCUGCCCGGGUCCUGCUCUCCAGGCACCAUGGGCGCUGACACCAUCCCCUCGGGGCUUAGCAGCAGCGGAGUUAGGCUUGAGUGCUUCCGCUUUACUUCCCAAGGAGCAGACAGCCAGGAACAGGGACAGGACACAGGGGAGACUCCCAGCGACGGGGCCCCCGAUGAAAGCUCGCUGCUGGGGGAGCAGGUCCUGGGAGCCCUGGAGUUGCUUCGUUUCAGGGAAUCUGGGAUUGGGUCAGAGUACGAGUCAAACACAGAUGAAAGCGAUGACCGGGACAGCUGGGGUCAGGGGGAGGGAGCGGGGGCCGACGGAGGAGCCCGACUUUUAAAUGUGCUGAAUGCAGAGAGUCUGCCAGACUGCUUGGGAGAUGAAAUGGCUGUUUAGUGGUGCUGUGAAAGCUGCACUAGGCAACUUUGAAUCUAUGUAAAAGCCCAAUGGGAAAUAAGUAAAAUUCAGAAUCUGAAAUUAUCUGUAUAACGUGACAGAAAACUGCAUAAUCUGCAGGUAUAAAUUACUUGUCGCGCUCACUCACCGCUGUCCUGGCAAAAGUUUGACAUUUUUUGCCCUUUUGGUUUGCACAGCUUAAGAAAAUGUCCGUCUAUAUCCGUGCUGUACCUCGUAAAAUUAAAUACUCAGAUGCGCUAAGUGUUUUUAAAGUGAUACAUUUCAAUCUUAAAUUGUAGGAUAACUUGAUUAUACCAUUAAUUCAUACCUCAAACGUAUUAUUAUGCUAGGAAGCCAAUAUUCAGUGGCAAGUGCUAACACUGCAGCAGUCAGUGAUGGGGUCAUUACACAAAACAGUACCACAUGCAUUUUUUUAGAAACGAAUGCAUUACAUUGCUUAUUUACUCCCCGAAGAAGUGAAUCCAUUACACUAUUCAUUACAUUAUUUUUGUGUUACUCUUUCAUAUCAGACUGGGUACAAGGAUCUUCACUGGUAGCUCUGUGGAUUGUUAUUUCUUGCUAUUAUGUAGUUAAUAUGUCACACUUCUGCAACACAGAAAAAUGUAAUGCAUUACUUUAGAAUCCGUUACACCCAACUAGGGCAGUAAUAUAAUAAUAAUAAUAAUAAUAAUAAUAAUAAUAAUAAUAAUAAUAAUAAUAAUAGCAGAAACGUCUUAG